GCGUGCAAAGACGCGGAGCGGGACGGAAACCACAAAUAAAUAGCGGCGGCGGCAGCGCGUCAUCUGGUGGAGCAGGAAGUGCAGGCAGAGUCCGGAGGCUGGUGCUUUCUGCGCGUCCCCAGGACUUUGCCAUGGGCUGGGGGCCGCGGAGGCUGCGAGCGGCCGGGCGAGGGCAGCGGCGGCGGUGCCCGCACCGGGGCUGAGCAAGCAGCGACGCGAGGGGCGCGCGGAGAUGGCAGCGUCCAGCAACUCCAGCCUGUCCGGCUCCUCGGUGUCCUCCGAUGCUGAAGAAUACCAGCCUCCAAUAUGGAAAUCAUACCUAUAUCAGUUACAGCAAGAGGCACCUCGUCCCAAGAGAAUCAUUUGUCCUCGGGAGGUGGAAAACAGACCAAAAUAUUAUGGAAGAGAGUUUCAUGGGAUCAUCUCCCGGGAGCAGGCGGAUGAGCUUCUCGGAGGUGUGGAGGGUGCCUACAUCCUUAGAGAAAGCCAGAGGCAACCAGGAUGCUACACAUUGGCUCUCAGGUUUGGAAACCAGACCUUAAACUACAGGCUCUUCCACGACGGGAAACACUUCGUGGGCGAGAAGAGGUUUGAGUCGAUUCACGAUCUGGUGACAGAUGGCUUGAUAACGCUGUACAUAGAAACAAAAGCUGCCGAAUACAUCUCAAAAAUGACAACUAACCCCAUCUACGAACACAUUGGAUAUGCCACCCUACUCAGAGAAAAAGUAUCCAGAAGGCUCAGCAGGUCUAAAAACGAACCAAGGAAAACAAACGUCACACACGAAGAACACACGGCGGUGGAAAAGAUCUCCUCCCUGGUUCGAAGGGCAGCCCUCACACACAACGACAACCACUUCAACUAUGAGAAGACACACAACUUUAAGGUCCACACAUUCCGAGGCCCACAUUGGUGUGAAUAUUGUGCCAAUUUCAUGUGGGGGCUCAUCGCCCAAGGGGUCCGGUGUUCAGACUGUGGACUGAACGUACACAAACAGUGUUCCAAGCACGUUCCCAAUGACUGCCAACCUGAUCUCAAGAGGAUCAAGAAAGUGUACUGUUGUGACCUCACAACACUCGUGAAGGCCCACAAUACUCAGAGACCCAUGGUGGUGGACAUAUGCAUUCGGGAAAUUGAAGCAAGAGGAUUAAAAUCGGAAGGCCUUUACAGAGUCUCUGGGUUCACUGAACACAUUGAAGAUGUCAAAAUGGCAUUUGACAGAGAUGGUGAAAAGGCUGAUAUAUCCGCCAAUGUCUAUCCAGACAUAAACAUCAUCACUGGAGCCCUUAAACUGUAUUUCAGAGACUUACCCAUCCCUGUCAUCACUUAUGACACCUAUUCCAAAUUUAUAGAUGCAGCAAAAAUCUCCAAUGCAGAUGAGAGGCUGGAAGCCGUCCAUGAAGUACUGAUGCUGCUGCCUCCUGCCCACUAUGAAACCCUCCGGUACCUAAUGAUCCACCUCAAAAAGGUUACUAUGAAUGAAAAAGAUAAUUUCAUGAAUGCAGAAAAUCUGGGGAUUGUGUUUGGGCCCACGCUGAUGAGGCCCCCCGAGGACAGCACCCUUACCACCCUGCAUGACAUGCGGUACCAAAAGCUGAUUGUGCAGAUUUUAAUAGAAAACGAAGACGUUUUGUUUUAACCCAUCAGGGAAAUGAGCUGAAUGACCCCAGCACCAUCCAAGUUGACAAAGCUAAAGGAAUAAAAACAUUUCUUACACUUGAUUUGUUUUCCAAACAAGUGAUAGAAUUUGCUGGACCGCAGAGGAUCGCCGAGCGGGGUACUGUGUCUCACAGACGCGCGCCACCUCCAUACAAGAACAAGGGUAAAGGUGAGGAAAGCCCCUCGCCUUGGAUCUUUUGCUGUGCCUCCUAUGUAUGUCUGGUUUGCUGGAAGAGUGAUUAAUACAUCUUUAAUUUAUUAAACAAUGUAGACCUUUACACUUCAGUCUUACUGGUAAUAAAAGGGAACUUACUUCAUAAAGGUACUUGAUACAGUUAUACAUUUCCACUUAC